CGGUCUCGGGGAGACUCUUCGUUCAGAGGAGUUAAUGGCGAGGUUCGGACCGAGACCGACAGAGAGAGACGAGAGACGACGGACCGACCGCCCCCGCAGCAACCCCCAGAGGAAGGCUGGAGCGAAUUUGCCCUGAGGAGCAAGGCUCAGAGAGUUUCAGCAGAGAGCGGCGAGCGAGCAUCAUCGUGGACACAAUCGGCGCAAGGGAAUCUCCUGCGCCUGCGGACAGCCACCCAGCCAGCCAGUCGGGCAGUCAGCUAAUCGGAGCCUUUUGAUUCGAUCGCCUGCCUGCUCUCCGUCUGUGUAAAGUCUCGCGCACGAGCAGAGUUGAUUUCAGGUUGCGGAGGUCGGAGCGCUGUGUUGAAUUCGCAAAUUCAUUCUCCGCUGUUGUUCGUUAUCGAUGCUGGUGGAUGAAAUCUGCUGAUCCUGUGUUUCGUCUGACACUCGAGCCGACACGAUUCUCGGACGCCAUUCUGCCGACGGUCUGGCCUUUCGGGCCGGAUUAGCGACAUUUGCCGAUCAGACCGUCGGACGGGCGGCGUCGUUGCCAGGCCCAUCGUUUGAGCGGGCUGAGCGAGCCAUGCAGUUGUCUUCGAGUCGGGAUUGAGGGCGAAGGAGAGGAAAUUGUUCGAAGAGGAACCGCGUUGCUGGAGGACGGGAGCGACGAUGGGGUUGUUAUCAGAGGGAGAACGACAUGAGAACGAGGUGCCGCUGUUGGAGAAUUUGUAUCCGGACUGCCCCGGCUGCAAAUGUGCCUAUUUGUCGGCCAAGGGGGCCGGUCCCCCGGUGAAGGAAUUGUUUAUGAUCACUAUGAUUGUCAUUUGCAAUGCUCUGCCAAUCUCUUCGCUCUUCCCCUUCCUCUACUUCAUGGUUGACGACUUCCAUAUCGCUGAUAAGAAGGAGGAUAUUGGCUAUUAUGCCGGAGCUGUAGGGUCUGUUUUUAUGUUCGGUCGGUUCCUGAGCUCAGUGCCAUGGGGAAUGUUUGCGGAUAGAUUUGGUCGGCGACCCGUGUUCGCUUUGGGUCUUCUUUCUGUUAUUGUGUUCCAGCUGAUCUUCGGGGCAACGAAGAGUUUCUGGGUAGCAUUUGCCGCCCGCUUUAUGCUGGGACUUUUCAAUGGAAUGCUUGGGCCUCUGAAGGCUUAUGCUUCGGAAGUUUGUAAUGAAGAAAAUCAAGCAUGGGGUUUGUCCACAGUGAGCACCAGCUGGAGUCUCGGUUUGAUCAUCGGUCCAGCUAUGGGAGGAUUUCUGGCUCGUCCCGCCAUGAAUUUCCCAAGCAUUUUUGCUCAGGACUCAUUCUUUGGUCGAUAUCCAUAUUUGUUACCAUCCAUUAUCCAAGCGAUUUUUGCCGUAGCUGGGCUGUUCGUCGUCUACUUUAUGCCAGAAACCGUUCACAAACACGACAAUAAGCAUCUUUCAGACGAUGAGCGGUCACUUAUCAAAAGUGCAAAAGCUCCUAAAGAGCCUAUGUGGAAAAAUAAGGCGUUAAUGGCUUCUAUUGCUGUGUACUGUGUGUGGUGUUUUAUGGAGAUUUCUUUUUCAGAGGUCUUCUCGUUGUGGUGUGUGAGUCCUCGGGAGGUCGAUGGUUUAGGCCUACCAACGUCAGAUGUUGGAAUGGUUCUGGCUGUUUCAGGAGCCUCAGUAUUCGUCUUCAACAUGACUGUUUUUCCCAUCAUUGCAAAGUAUCUGGGUCCUAUCUUGGUUACGAGGGUUCCAGCGAUCAUUUGCGCCCCUUUAUUGCUUCUUUUUCCGUUCGUCUCAUUGCUACACGGAACAACGCAGUGGCUGGUUCUAAAUUUCUUGGCUCUCUUGAGGAAUGUUUUAUCUACGGUCGUUGUCACGGGAUCUUUCAUGUUAACAAACAAUUCUGUGCCAACGGAUCAAAGAGGAGCUGCAAAUGGAUUAUCUCUGAGUUGCGUGUCUCUGUUUCGAACUAUUGGACCUGCGGGUGCCGGCGCUAUUUUCGCUUGGGGUCAAAGCCGACACGAUGCGAAGUUUCUUCCAGGAAGUCAGCUCGUAUUCGCAGUGAUGGAAAUAUUUGUAAUCUUGGCGAUAUUCACCACAUUUCCCCCAAUUCUGCCGGUGUCUGCAAACAGACCUUACUAUCUUACCCAUCCUCAAGAAGAGAAAGAGGAUGAUGAUGAGGCACGUUAGUAACAUUGUUUACUCGACGACACAUAUUUACAAAGGCGCAGCCGAAUGAUUCUUUCCUUGUUGAUCUCUUAUCGUCUGUCCAAAUCAGGUGAUUCUAGAGCUCACCACAUUUCUUGAACUGUUUCGAAUAUUCAUAGUUAAUUUCAAAUAGUUAGAGAAACCCAAGCUCUCAGUUGUUUUUGGCCUGGGUUUAGUGCCUAUGUACUCUAGAUUUGUUCUAGGUAGAUCGAAAUUUAGUGCCUUAAGUUAGCUGACCAUUUACGAGAUGACAGAGCUCACCUAGGUGAUCUCCUUUUCUCGACAGUAAGUCUCUGCAGUUAGAUUGGAAGUUGUGUAGGAACAUUAAGUUUAGAUAUUUACUGAAAGGUAAGAAAAGAGCUAGGGUGCUGGUUAUUUGCCGCAAAUUAAAGCGUCAGCCAGCCGUGAGGUAUCAAACGAGAAGUGGUUCCAUCAGAUUGCUGCUCUGUAAUCACUUAUUUACAUCUUAGUUACUGUCUUUGCGUUACAUCGGGCAGUGUAAGCCAUCGAAGGAAUAUACUCUUCAUAUUAAUGACAGUUUUGUUCUC